AUGAGGGGUGGGGAGCCUGCGUGGCCUGAAGGCCCAUCGGGGGCCAAGGUGGGCGUCCUGAAAGGCGUCAGCGAAGGAAUCGUACGGGGAUGUGUGCCAGAGAUGGCGUCGCCAUGUGGGUGGCGUGGAGGUGGUAAGGGCCGCCUGAAGUCGUUGGGACUCGAGUUGCAGCUGGGGUGGGACGUGACAGUUGCAUUGGCCGGAGCGGUCCCAGUGCGAGGGCUUUGCUGGCCAGCGCAUAUCCCAGGCCGAUGGAGUCUGAGGCGCGUGUCGGCGGGAUGUGACGAGCCGUGGGGUGCGGACUAUUCGACGUAUGGUCUGUUGUUGGACAAGCCGCGGAAAAUCGGGGAGUGCCCAGCCGUCGUUUGA